AUCUGACCGGUGCAUAUGCAAAAAAAAAUGCAGAAGAGAAGAGAACAAUUCUGGAAUGAUUCCCAACGUCCUGCAGAAAUCUGAGUGGCUCCAGUCCCCGUCCCAGCGGAGCAGAGCACUCGAUCGCGUUGCGUUGGUGACCCCGUCGACGUCCUCGCUCUUCUCGCCGUGCAUUGGCUUCAUCACCUCCUUAUUCGCGCCACGCCACGCAGAUGCCAUGCCAGUGCCCAGACACACCGCCGCGUCAACCUCCCGCUCUCUGGCUCCCAAGUUACAUCACCACGGACAUGGAAACCCCCUCGCCGGGCGCCACGCUCUCCGCGGUGAUCGCCGAGGACCGCCGCCGGGAGGCUCGCCGCCGCCAGGGGGGCUUCGGGCAGGGCGGUCUCCUCCCGUACCUCGUCCCGGCUUGCGGGCGUCCGGCCGGCCAGAGGGGCGGCAGGCCGCUGCACUCUGAGCUCAUGGUAAAACUGCACCGCUGGGGCGCCACUUUCCUGCCCAAGGGCGGCGGCGCCGUCGCGCGCGAACUCGAGGAGCCGUGCCGCGCGCCAAGCCCGCCGCCACGGCCUAGACCAUCAUUCACACCGGCUGCAUCGGCGGCGGAGCCGGAGGUGGUGCCGCGCCACGAGGCGCCCGCCGUGAGUGUCGUCCCCACGACGGGGCCUUCGAGGGAGAGAGAGGAGCCGGCGGCGGGAUCCGAAGCCAUUGCCGAAGCGGACAUGUCCGCCGGCGAGAGCGCGGGGAGCAGCGACCACCAGGCGACGCCGGUCGUUACCGUCGCGGGAGGAAGUGGGGGAACCUGGCUCAGAGCUUCGCCCAAGACGAGAGCGAGGUCUCCGUCACUGCAGACGGACAGCGACGAGUCCCCUCGGCCCCUCGCCGACUCCGCCGCAUUGCCCGUGGUGGCCGACGACAAGUACGUGUGGGCGGACAAGUACCGGCCCAAUGUCCUCAACGAGUUCAUCUGCAACAAGACCGUCGCCGCCGAGCUCUACCAGCUGGUUGUUGCACACCAGUGCAGACAUUUCAUCUUUGAAGGCCCGCCGGCGGUUGGGAAGAGAAGCAUGGUACUGGCACUUAUAAGGGAUGCUUUUGGCCCCCAUGAUCUCAAGAUAGAGGAACAGACAAAGAGAUUUGAGCUGAAGGGAGAAAUUAGAAAGCACAUCGAUGUCAGAGUGAAGACCUCUGAGCAUCAUGUGGAGGUGAGCUUGGCUGAUUUACAUGGCUACGAGAAGUACAUCAUAACCACUCUGUUGAGUGAAUCCAUCCCAUCACCAAGCUCAGUUUGUGACCAUACUAACUGCAGAGUGAUUGUUAUCCAUGAUGCUGAUAAGCUCUCGUUUGAUCUUCAACAUUAUAUUGGUUGGUUUUUGGGGAGGUAUGCCGGGUGCAACAAAAUCAUUUUCUGCUGUUCUGAUGCUUCUAAUCUUGAAGCCAUUAAGCAUCUCUGUAAGGUUGUGACUCUUCAACCACCUUCAUUUGACGAGAUAAUAAAUGUUCUAGAGUACAUUGCAACGCAAGAGAGCAUUGAUUUGCCUCGUGAUCUUGCUAGAAGAAUUACAGUCGGCGCAAACAAUAAUCUCCGACAGACAAUACGCUCUUUUGAAGCUACUUGGAAGGCAAACUACCCGUUCAUAGACGGUCAAGUUAUUUUGACAGGAUGGGAAGAAGAAAUCUCUAAUGUGGCCAGCAAUAUCAUGGAGGAGCCAAGUCCAAAGCAACUGUUUCUUGUCCGGGGAAAGAUCAGAAAAAUGAUUGAACAUGAUGUGUCACCUCAUUUCAUUUUCUCUCACCUGGUCGCGGAACUGAAAAGGGACAAGGAUGAAGACUUCCAGCACAGCGUUGAUGAAUUGGCCUCGGACUUGAACCAUUUUCAAGAUUCCAAAGGGCAGUGCAAAGGAAACAAAUCACGGGAGGCAAACUUUAAAACGAGGUAUAUGAACAUAGAAGGUUUUACCGCUGAGGCUCAUGACCAUGGUGAAACCAUCCAAUGCUUCAUAAAAAUUGAAGAAUUCACCGUAAGGUUCCUGAGCUUCUACAGAUCUCUAGUGGCAAAAAACUCGAAUAGAGGCAGUGCUCAAUGAAGAACAACUCGUCGCUUGGGUCUACAGAUCCCCUUCUGGGGGCUCUUGUACCUAUGGUACCUGAAUAUGAUGCGUUGUGUCUAUUGUCUUCAUCUUGUAAAAUUUACCUGUAUAUGAUGACAUACAGUUUUUCAUAUGUUACUAUCAUAUAAAAUAAAAUCGUAAUAUAAAAAAAAGAUGGCCUUAUGGUUUGCUGUUGCAAA